ACCAAUCAACAGUAGGUUUACAGAACGUGCACUUGUCACAUGAGAGGGAAGUUGUGUUUCUCUGUAGCGUUUAGGAAAUAACCGGUGUGAAAUAACGACGACCACAGAGCAAAAUGUUGGUUCUUGUAUUAGGAGAUCUACAUAUUCCUCACAGAUGUAACAAUCUGCCUGCUCGUUUCAAGAAACUUCUUGUGCCCGGAAAGAUACAGCACAUCUUAUGUACAGGGAAUCUCUGCACUAAGGAUUCUUUUGAUUACCUCAAGACACUAGCCAGUGACGUGCAUGUUGUCAAAGGAGAUUUUGAUGAGAAUUUGAAUUACCCUGAACAAAAAGUUGUAACAGUUGGGCAGUUCCGCAUUGGUUUGUGUCAUGGCCACCAGGUGGUGCCGUGGGGUGACACUGAAGCACUGGCAAUGGUCCAGCGGCAACUGGAUGUCGACAUCCUCAUCUCAGGUCAUACACACAAGUUUGAAGCGUUUGAACACGAGGGGAAGUUCUUCAUUAACCCAGGAUCAGCUACAGGGGCUUACGGUCCACUAGAUAGUGAAAUAAUUCCAUCGUUUGUGAUCCUGGACAUCCAGCAGUCCAAUGUGGUGGCGUACGUCUACAAACUCAUAAAUGACGAUGUCAAGGUGGAGAGGAUAGAGUACAAGAAGUCAUAAGAAGACAUUAGUCACUGCAUAUUGGGUUUUGCUCCUAUGAUAUUUAAAAAUAUAAAACCUGGAAGUGGUGCCUCUGUGGUCAGAUCGGAUUUACAGGCUGUUUGUCAGAUGUAAAUAAACACUUUAACACAGUACCUGUCGUGGUAGUAUGUUGGACAAGUCUCAAUAAAUCUAUCAAUGUGAAUCAUGGAUACCCUUCUUUAACAGAUUAGAUAACUCUAAACCUUAAUGUAUCAGACGACUUUCUGUUGUUUUUGUAGAUUGAUUCUGGCCAGGAAUUCACAUUCCAUUCUGAACUUGUUUGGAGGAGGAGGAAUCACUUUAUUCGACAGAUUUUCACGAAUUUCUCAAUAAUGUCCUCGGUAGUUUUACAGCUGAAACUGAGUGUUUUGUUGCAGUACUUGAUAGCUACUAGGCCAGCAAUGAUUCACCCAGACCUCUAUAUGAUUCGAUUUUCGAUAUUUGACUCUUGAUUCUAUUCUAUAUACAAGUAAAAGCAUUAGAUUUCAUUUAACUCUCAGAGUCGGCUUUUUAGCAUGAAAUCCACCGUCAACUUGGUGAUGUCUGCUAACAACAAUUCUCAUUGGAUAAUUAGUCUGACAUCAACCAAUCACGUUUUGCCUUAUUUCAGCGCUCAAAACUGCCCGAGUGGAAAUGAUUUAAAUAGGUAAUCAAAUAUCGAAUCGAAAUAGUGAUAAUGGUUUUCGAAAAUCGAAACUAAGGUGUCAGAUUCGAUUUUUGAUGAAUUGAACCGAAUCAUUGCAGCCCUAAUAGCUUCAUGGCCUGAGUUACUGAUAGUAUUCGUGCCAAGGCCCCUGCUCCACAAUCAGUCAUAGCUCUAUGAUGAUCAGGUCUCUUUGCAAAACAGAACCUAGGCCCAUUUCACAAAUUGAUCAUAGUGCUAUGACUUACCUCAUACCUUGUUACCUUGAUUUAUGACAGUUGAUCAUAGUGCUAUGACUUACCACAGACUUAGGAUGGUCAUAGUACUGUUACGAUCAUACCUCCUAACAUAGACUUAUGACAGUUGCACCACAAUGACUGUCUAACCUCUUAACAUAGACUUGGCACAGUUGCAGCAUUAUUGGUUUUUUUCAGGCUCUUUACUCAUAAAUUUUAUUCUAGCUUAUUUUGAUGUCAGCGUAGAUUAAGGCCCUUAAUGCCAUGUAACUUCAGAAUUUUUGUUUUCCAUUAAAGUAGGAAUGUUUUUAAAGCAUUAUUUUGUAAGUUGAAGAUGAUGGCAUGUAUUUGAUUUAGAUAGAACAUUAUGAAUAACCUGAUAACUGACUGCUCCAGCAAUAGUUGGCUUUAUUUACAUUAAAUUGUUACCAUAGCAACUCAAUCUGUAGUUAGUAGUGUAGGGAGCAAGGAGCAGUACUGUUUUCCUUGUAACACACCUGUGUCACAUCCAUGAUUAUCCAGUGUAUUAGGGUGGUGGGGUAGUCUGGUGGUUAUAGAAUAAUAAUAGAAUAUUGCUAAAAGCGGUGUUAAACUAUACCCACUCACUCACUCACUCACUCUCCAAUGUAUUACAUCUACCAUCCAUCAUGUUUGCUUUGUAUGGUUUUAUACUGCUUUUAGCAAUAUUCCAGAAGUUUCUCAGCAGGGGACACUAGAAAUAAGCUUCACAGUAUAGUAUACAUGCCCUUGAUUUGAUGAAUGAAACACUUUAACCUCAAGGCUACCUUGUGACUUGAAUUGCUGCAUUUACAUAGAAUUGGGAACAUCUUCGGACUUGAUUUCAAAACACACCCUGUAUGAAUCCUCAUGUCAAACUGUUUUUCUGAAGUUGUAAUUUUACAUGUGUAUUGUUUUGUUGAUUUUAAGCUGUUGAGUGAGCUGCAAUUUUAAAUGUGGAUGUGUGCUGCAUGAUCAUGUUGAUUUUUAAGCUGUUGAGAGGGAAAUUCAGUGUUAAGCGACAAGUGGAGGUAGUGACAUGACUAGUCAAAUACGACAUUACAGGUGGCCCAGUCAUCUAAGGCUGCCAUUUGCUGUGUGGAGUUACAUCCCCUUGGCACAUCAGGAACCAAUGAUUGUGGGUUCGCGAUUUUUGUCUAUAGGUCCUUUUGUGUUGAUAGGUUAGCUCAGCACCAUACCAAUGCUUGUUGGUUCCACUAAAAUGGUAAAUGUCUGAGAUCUGCAUGAUGCAAUUCUGGCGUUCCUGUUUUAUGAAGCUGACACACAAUGGUAUAAUUUAUGCAAUGUUUAAUGGGGCAUUAAACCAAAUUCACUCAAUCACUACCAAGAGGAAGCAAUGGUGGGGACAAUCUUUGGUGAAAGGAGGGAGAUAAGAUGGAUAAUCAAGGAUGUGACCCCACUCACUUGUGCACAUAAUUGUUAAUUAGUUCAUUUUGAUGUUUGUGCUAGAUAUAUUCAUACUGUUUUAGCUUUUCAUUACCCAAACAUGUGUUGUAAGCUAUCAGCCCAUUAAAAAUGUGGUUGUUUGUGUUCGGCAAGUCUUGAACAAAGGUGUACAUACUUCUGUUGUGCAUAAUUUUCUGGCAAUACGAAGUGCUUGGCAGAGUUGCUUCCCUUAGGAGUAACAGGAUCAGAUCAUCCUUGUCAGAACCAUAUGUGUGGGUGGUAAAGACCUGUAUCACAUGCAUUACUCAAUAUCAAGCUGUCAAGAUGUGGUGUAACUGUAAUACUGUCCAAAGUAAGUGUUAGACACAGCUCACUCUUGUUUCAAGAGGUCUACACUGGUAAAACUCAGUUUUGCACAAGUAGAAAUCUGGUGAACUCUUUAGACAUGAACCUUCAACUGAAUGGUGAGACUAAGGUCCAUCUGUUGAAUACAUGUUGUGUACAUUUCAAAUAUAAAGUAUUGUGAUUCUUCAUUGUUAUUAUAUAAGCUGAGUAAGUAAAUAUAUAUAAGAACCUAAA